CGAUGAAGUUAAUUGAUUAUUUGCUUAUGAGAGGUGAACUGGAAACUGAUGUCACUUCGUUGAUACAGAUUAGGGCCCCUGAACGUAAAUCUUGGGAGAGCGGCGUGGACGCGCUUGAGCACGCUCUGAAAAUGGAAACCGAAGUGACGAAGAGCAUUCGGUCUGUCAUCAUCGCUUGCGAGUCCGAUCCUAAGUUCAACGACUACCAUCUCGUGGACUACCUGACUGGUGAAUUCUUGGAAGAACAAUACAAGGGCCAGAGAGACCUCGCGGGCAAAGCGUCUACACUCAAGAAGAUGCUCGACCGCCACUCCUCACUCGGAGAGUUCCUUUUUGAUAAGAAACUCCUUGGAAUGGAUAUUUAAAAAAAUAUUUAACAUUCAAAUUAUAUUCAUUAAAUAAAAAAUUCUGAUUUAUAUUGCAACACCAAUUGUCUAUGUUUAGUAAACUCAAUAUCUGUAAUACCUUUGCCUUUUCUCUAAAAAAAAA